AUGCCAGAUGAAACUUCCAGCUCUAAAAAAUUUAGUUCAUCUGUAAUUACUGCACAUAAUGCGUGUGAAUCUGCUAGAGAUCUAUCUCGUUUGGGUUACGACUUCUCAGAUAUUCUGCAGCAAAGCAAUAUCAAUGAGGAAUUUCUUAUAGAAACCUUCAAACUGGCAAAUUUGCCUCUCACAAAAUCAAAAGCUUCCAAAAAAAGGAUUCUCAGACAAGAUAUAAGUGAUACUAGUAAGAAAUUCCGGUCUGCGCCUUUUGGAAAUGAUAACUGGAUUAAAGACUUAGUAAUAGAGCUUUCAGACGAUGAUUUUGAUCCCAUGUGGGAAGAGAAUGCAGAUUGGGUAGCUCAGAAAAACACAAGAAAAGAAGAAGAGUCUAGACUCAAGCAAGAAUUAGUAGAAAAAGAACAAAAAAUGGAAGAACUGCGAAAAUACAUUGAGUCCUUGGAGAAUAGGAAAUCCCCAAGCUCCCACAGUGAAGAAAAGCCAACAAGCAAACUUAGGACCCAGAAUACUUUCAUUCAGCCAGAAAAGGAAUUUCAAGUUUCUAAAAUAGCCCUGCUUCAAGACAGAAUACUGAAAACUUCCAAACUGCUCAACAAGUAUCAAAUAGAGACAGAGAAUGAUCAAAUCCAAAUCGAAAAUUUAGAACGAGAAUUGAACCUGAGGAUGAAGAGUUUGAAUACAAAACUGAAACUGUUGACUCAUGUCACUGAAAUAAUGGCCAAACAGCAAAGGGAUUUGAAAGAGCUUUUUAAAGAGCAAUCUUACAGGAACGAUUGUGGCGGCAUUAACAGGUUGAUCAUUGAUGACAUGAAAGCAAAACCAAAUCCUCCACCUGGUUAUGAACUCAACUCUCAGCUGCUGAACUCAGCCGAUCAUUACCAGUUACAGGAGUUUCCACUUGAGAGAGCGGAAACUGAAGACUCAGCAACUGCAUAUGAACACAGUGAACACAUUGUUGGUGAUCAGCUUGUAUCUAUGGGUACAAGAGAAGAGGAAGACACCAACUGCCCUAUAAUGACCACUCGUUCUACUGCAAAAUCCUUAAUAGGGAGGUUUGAACCUUAUAAUUCUCCCUUGAUUUGUUUCAAGUCCUACAGAUUCAGUCCCAGUUUUGACGAUCGACAGAUUUCUUCUCUAACUUGGAACAGUAAAACUAAUGCUAUGAAAGAAUUUUGUCUUUAUGAGGUAUUGAACGGUAUUUGUAGUGAUCCAGAUUGCUUGUUACAGCACUUUUCGCAAACGUCUGUCAAUGAUUUGGCAAAAGCUGUAGUAGGUAAAAGUGGAGAGGAGAAACAAGCCUACAUCAAAAGCCUAACAGAGCUGCUAUCUUCUAAUAAGAAUGAACCGUUCGAAAGGAUGGUGAAUAUUAUCAAAGGGUUCAGGCAGAAGCAUUUACCUUCUGACACUUUUUUGGAUUGGAUUCAUUUUGAGACAAUGUGA